CAGCUCCCAGGCCCCGCCGCGCCCAGGCCCCGCCGCGCCCGCCAUGCCAGGCAAAGCCCAGCAGUUCCAAGGGCCCCAGGUCAGCUGCUGCGCCAAGUACCUGCUCUUCGCCUCCAAUGUGCUCUUCUGGUUGAUGGGGGCUGCCUUCCUGGCCAUUGGUUUGUGGGCCUGGGCAGAAAAGGGUGUGCUUUCCAAUCUGUCAUCCAUCACAGACCUGGGUGGCUUUGACCCUGUCUGGCUCUUCCUUGUGGUUGGAGUGGUGAUGUUCAUGCUGGGAUUUGCCGGCUGCAUUGGGGCCCUGAGGGAGAACACGUUCCUGCUCAAAUUUUUCUCUGUGUUCCUGGGGCUCAUCUUUUUCCUGGAGUUGACUGCUGGUGUCUUGGCCUUCAUCUUCAAGGACUGGAUCAAAGACCAACUCAACCUCUUCAUCAACAAUAACGUCAAGGCCUACCGGGAUGACAUUGACUUGCAGAACCUCAUAGACUUUGCUCAGGAAUAUUGGUCUUGCUGUGGGGCUCACGGACCUAAUGACUGGAACCUCAACAUUUAUUUCAACUGCACUGACUCCAACCCCAGCAGGGAGCGCUGCGGGGUGCCCUUUUCCUGCUGUGUCAAGGAUCCGGCGGAGGAUGUUCUUAACACGCAGUGUGGCUACGAUGUCCGCCUUAAACUGGAGCUGGAGCAGCAAAGCUAUAUCCACACCAAAGGCUGUGCUGGACAGUUUGAGAAAUGGCUCCAGGACAAUCUCAUUGUGGUGGCCGGGACCUUCGUGGCUGUUGCGCUGCUCCAGAUCUUUGGUAUCUGCCUGGCACAGAACCUAGUGAGCGACAUCAAUGCCGUGAAAGCCAAUUGGUGACACUGGAAGAGGGCCUGUGCCAUCGUCUUCCAUAGACUUGCCGUGCCCUCCACAGGACCGAAGCCACAAUCCCAGCCACAACCAUUGGAUGCUGCUGUGCUGUGUGACCAGCUCUUUGUUUAUGUAUGUGUGUGUGUGUACGUGCAUGGGUGGAGCCAGUGCUACCAGUGUUAAUGGCUGCCCGGAGCCCUGCCACUUUCCCUUCGUGGUUGGGGCACAUGUGCCGAAUGCACUGUGGAUGGCAAUGUAAAUAGUAUUUAUAUAGGGCUUCUGGGCAGGGCUCCUUCACCCCACUGCAUAAUCAGUGGAGCCAGAGGGCCCGUUGCACACCUGCAGGCCACAGCUGCCAGACGAUAGAGGCGGCUCUGGAUUUGUGUGGGUUGCCACAGAAGUCCCCUGUGGAGGAGGCAUGGCCCGUGUGGCUUCCUGGGUGCAGGGGAGCUGGUUGGAACCCUUGUCCUAUUCCUGCUGCCUGGAGCAGCCCUUCCUCCUCUGCCCUCCCCAAAGCUUCUACUUGAAUGUUCUGUGCUCCUCUCCCCAUCUGCUCAGGUCUCCUCUCUGCCAGGGGGACAUGGGGCUGGGCUCCCCUCUUCAAGCGAGAGUGGAUUUUGCUGACUGACAUGGAUCACCGGGUUGGUCUCUGCCCUCCUGAUCCUCUUGUGGAAUCAGGAUCAAGACCGAAGGGUUACCGUCAGGGCGAGAGGCUGCUGCGCCUCGUUUUCGGUAGCAACCCUCCCCUCUGCCUGCUGUGUUUUUCCAAGAGGACUUUUAAGGCCCCCUUCUGCAGCUAUGCACAUACGAUACAGAGAGGAGUGUGCCCAGACGGAACCAAACAUGGGCCCGUCCGCACCUACCCACCAAGAGUAGGAGACUAGCAAUCCGCUCUGUUGAGUAAAAAAAAAAAAAAAAAGUAGUAGUGACACUGUAAUUUCUGACCAUAUGGUAGUACUCAUUUCAUGUAUUAAAGGGGGCGGGGGGAGAGAAAUGUACGUGUGUCUUUAAACUCAGUCUUAAACAAGUUUGGGAGAGCAGCUGUUUGCUUGAGUGAGAAAUAUGCAACCCUUUUAUGCAAUACCUUCUCUUGUUAUGCAUUUAUCGGAAAGGCCCAUGGGGAGCACUCAAGGCCUCUGCAGCCUAAGCUGAGCCAUGCUCCGGCCUAUAGUGCCGGGCCCUGUCCAGGAGCUGCCUCUUGACCCAUGCUUCAAGGACGGUCAGGAGACACUGCUGAGAGAACGUUGGCACAAGGCAAAGGCUUUGUGUUUACACCCUCGCCUGGGUGGCCAUGGUCUUGGUUCUACUACUUUCUUGCCCAGGUUCUCUCUCACAGGGUUCUUCUCUAAUUCCCGUGACCUCUGCUGCUAACAGGACUGAUCGGAUCAUUUGAGAUUCUGCUGACCUGCUGUUCCCAAUAAAUUGAUCCCUACCAAAUAGUUGUUGUGUUCAUUUUUCUCCUAACUAGCCCAGCAGGCCUUUGUGUCGAAGGAGAGAUGUCCUUGCUUUUGGCCCAGUUUAUCUUACUAUUGGUUUGUGAAAUGGAUAUAUGGGGGUUGGAGU